AUGUUAUUCGACCAAGGGAAAGCAUAUGUUCCACAGGAGGAGAAAUUUUUCGAUGAUGGGCGAGAAGAAGAACUCGUCCACUUCAUCACGAAGAAAACAGACCUUCGUAAUUCUCCACGGAAAAUACUCGCCGCCAUUGACGAAUACGCACGAACCCAGAAGUACCUCAUGAAUGUCGGAGAAGACAAGGGACACAUCGUCAGCGGCAUCAUUCGCAAACGGCGCCCUGGUAUCAUGAUGGAACUUGGAGGCUACUGCGGAUAUUCCACCAUUCUAUUCGCAGACGAAGCACGAGCAGCGGGCGGCAGAAAGUACUUUUCGUUAGAGCGGAGUCCCAAGUUUGCCGCCAACAUCAAGGCACUGGUGGAGUUUGCUGGGCUGGGGGAUUUCGUGGAAGUGAUUGUGGGAUCUAGCAACGAGAGCAUCCAGCGUCUGCAUAAUAACGGACAGGUCAAGAACAUCGAUAUGAUGUUCCUGGAUCACUACAAGCCAGCUUACACCACCGAUCUCAAACUCUGCGAAGCGUUGGGGAUGAUCGGUCAGAACACUGUGCUGGCUGCGGACAACGUGAUCCAGCCUGGCAACCCGCCGUAUCUGAAAUACGUCCGAAGCACUGUGCAGGAAAAGCGAAUGGCGUUGACUCUGGCGAGUCCAAAGGAUACAGAGAGCUUUGGACUCCGGUCUGCGGCGCAAUAUGGAUCGGUGGAAGAAUUGGGCGCCGAGGCAAAGGGUGACCCGGACCUUGUUUACAGAAGUGAGUUGGUGAAUAGCUUUGAGCCUUCUGGGGUUCCUGACGGUGUGGAAAUUACAUGGUGUUUAGGAAAGUCAGAAGAAUAG